AUGGUGAUGCGAGUGAUCAUUUUCGACAUGUUCGGGAAUAUUCUGCAGAAGUUUAGCUGCUCUCGCUACCUCGAAUUUCCGAAUGGAGUGUGUACGAAUGAUAAGAACGAGAUCCUCAUUUCUGAUAAUCGUGCUCAUUGCAUCAAGGUAUUUUCCUAUGAGGGACAGUUCCUCCGUCAAGUUGGCGGCGAAGGGAUCACCAACUAUCCGAUUGGUGUGGCCAUCAAUGCGAUGGGUGACGUUGUUGUGGCGGAUAACCAUAACAAUUUCAAUCUCACUGUGUUUUCACAGGAUGGCGCUAUGACUGGUGCUUUGGAACGGCGUUGGUGCACGAAAGCAGCGUUGUUUUGGCAUCAAAAGACUAUCGCCUCUAUCUGUAUCGUUUCCAACGCAGUGCUGGUGGUAAUCAGCAGUAGAACUAUCUCAUGGUUCACCAUCAUUUGA